AUGACCACCACCACCACCAACGAUCACCUGCUCAGAGUCCUCACCCUCACCCUCGUCAGACACGGCGAAUCAACCGACAACAUCAUCCCCAUCUGGGCUGGCCAUCGGGAUGCUACUCUCACUAACUUCGGCCACUCCCAAGCUCAACGAUUGGGAGAUUCACUCAAGGACGAAGACUUCGAUCGCAUCUUUUGUUCGGAUCUCAAACGAGCUCAUCUGACAGCCAAUCAGAUCCGAAUACAGAAUCUCAAGAACCCUGUAAUCACUCCAUCAACCGAUCAAAGCAGCAAAGAUGAGGAAUCGAAUGACCAAGGAACCGCGAAGAAAAAGAGCGACUUAGUCGUCCUUCCAUUGAUCCGGGAACAGAACUUCGGCGAGGCGGAGGGGGAGCGAUGGGAUACGGGCCGAUGCACCUACGAAGGAUUCUAUUCGAACAAAGCCUUGAAGUUCAAGGACGGCGAGAGUCGAGACGACGUGUAUGAGCGGGCAGCCAAGUUCCACAAGGAAGUGAUCAUCCCAGAAUGGAGCUCGAUCCUCUCCAACGACCAGCCAACCAAGCACAAAGCCGUCCACUUCUGCAUCGUCUCCCAUGGGAUCUUCCUCUCCGAACUGAUCGCCUAUCUCAAAGCUUUCGUCGAACCAUCAGGAGGAUCAUCCAACCCGGAACAUUUCUCGAAUACCGGCUGGGAACGCAUCAACCUCACCUGGAACUGGACCGCCGACCAUCAUCAACCACUCGAACUCGUCUCGCUCAAGAAACUUCACUCUAACGUCACCCAGCAUCUCACUGGGCUUAAACGCCAGCCGGGAGGAAUCGGGAACGCGCCUUGGGACCCUAAUCAAUCUAAAUUGGACGCCUUCUUCUCCAUCUCCCCCAAAAAAUAA